UAUAUCCCCCUCGAAUUUGCCACCAAACAAUUUCACAGACACACAACAGGAGCAAGAGAGCAAAGCAGAAAGAGGAGAGGGCAGGAGGAGAUAAAAAGUGCUUAUCUUCAAACCAUAUCUUCUAUUUCAAGAAAAACCCAAGAAAAAAUGGAUCCCAAUAACCAAACCCUAGAGAACCCAGAAUCCCAAACACCAUCAGAAGACCAAAACCGUCUUGCCAUUGUAUCCUCCUCCAACAACAACAACCCUCUUCCCACUGCUUCAAUCUCUCUCUCUCUCUCCACAAUCCUCCCAACCCAUUUCCUCCUCCCUCCCAAAAUCUCUUCUUUUCUCUCCUCUCCUACUCACCCCAACAAGGUCAAAAUCCCUUCUCAAAUCUCAUCCCUCUCUCACCUCUCUCUCUCCUCCUCUCUCUCCCCUGCUAAACCUUUCUUCAAAUCAACCAUCUCCUCAAACCCUCUCCAAAACCCACUUUCCCUCAACCCCCGCCGCCCUUCCGACCCCUCCUACCCAGCCGGAAUUCGUCGAGCUUCCAUUGUUUGGUUCCGCAACGAUCUUCGAGUCCAUGACAACGAGUGCCUCAAUUCAGCCAACAAUGAAUCCAUGUCUGUUCUUCCUCUGUACUGCUUCGACCCCAGAGAUUACGGAAAAUCGUCAUCUGGGUUCGAUAAGACCGGUCCGUACCGUGCCGCAUUCUUGAUUGAAUCGGUUUCGGACCUCAGGAAGAACCUUCAGGCAAGAGGGUCUGAUCUUGUGGUCAGAAUUGGGAAGCCCGAGACUGUGUUGGUUGAAUUGACGAAGGAAAUUGGGGCCGAUGCUGUGUAUGCUCACAGAGAGGUCUCGCACGAUGAGGUUAAGGCUGAGGAGAAGAUUGAGGCGGCGAUGAAGGAUGAGGGUGUUGAAUUCAAGUACUUCUGGGGAAGCACUUUGUAUCAUGUUGAUGAUUUGCCAUUUAAAAUGGAGGAAAUGCCCACGAAUUAUGGUGGGUUUAAGGAGAAAGUGCAGGGUUUGGAAGUGAGGAAGACGAUCACGGCUUUGGAUCAAUUGAAGGGGUUACCGUCUAGAGGAGAUGUGGAGUCUGGGGAGAUUCCAUCUUUGGUCGAUUUGGGUCUCAACCCAUCUGCAACAUUGGGUCAGGAUGGAAAACCAGCCACCAAUGCUUCUCUGGUGGGAGGAGAAACUGAAGCAUUGCAGAGGCUUACAAAAUUUGCCGCUGAAUGCCAAGCACAACCAAACAAGGGAACCAAGAAUGGAAACAAUGAUAGCAUAUACGGUGCAAACUUCUCCUGCAAAAUCUCUCCUUGGCUUGCUAUGGGAUGCCUCUCUCCCCGCACAAUGUUUGAUGAGCUGAAGAAAUCUGUUUCCCGGACAAUUGCCGCUGCCUCAAAUCAGAAAGAUGGUGGCAGCGGCUCAUCUGAUACUGGAAUGAACUGGUUGAUGUAUGAGCUGUUGUGGAGGGAUUUCUUCAGAUUCAUUACCAAGAAAUACAGCUCUGCUAGGCAACCAAGCAUUACUCCGGUCACAGCUUGCACAGCUGCCACUGCUUGAGGGAGGAGGGUGUAUUAGAAGUGAAAAGCAAAUAUAUUCCUGAAGGAGAGUUUCAUCAUUCAUUAAUGACGUCCCAAUCUUUAGCUGUUAGGUGUUGUAGGGUUCUUUUAAAAAAGUGAGCUUGUUCCUUGUCGAACACUAGUAUUCUUGAUUGCCAAAAUAAUUGUUGAUAAUGAAAGCUCCUCUUCUUAUUCUUGAUAUGGCCAAUUAGUCCAAUAUUUCGGAUGUUUAUGUGCCAUUCUUGUGAAUGACAGGUCUGUUUGGUUGUGCUUUUA